AUGGUUAAGCCUGUUGGAUCUUCGAAGGUGGAACAAAAUAAUAUAAAAAGCAUUAUCGGAUCAUCGUAUAAUCGACUGUACAGCCAGUUUACUUCUGAUGAGUUGACAGAAGUGGGAAACUACAAGAUAUUAAAACAAAUAGGGGAAGGAAGUUUUGGAAAAGUAUAUUUAGCGCUUCAUAGACCAACGCAUCGUAAAGUCUGCCUAAAGACAAGCGAUAAGAAUGAUCCUAAUAUCGUUAGAGAGGUAUUUUACCACAGACAGUUCGAUUUUCCUUAUAUCACAAAGCUUUAUGAAGUGAUAGUAACAGAAUCUAAAGUGUGGAUGGCAUUAGAAUACUGCCCAGGAAAGGAAUUAUAUGACCAUUUACUUUCUCUGCGUAGAAUAUCGUUAUUGGAAUGCGGAGAGUUGUUUGCACAAAUUUCAGGUGCUGUUUACUAUGCGCAUUCAAUGCAUUGUGUUCAUAGAGAUUUGAAAUUGGAGAAUAUUCUAUUAGACAAAAAUGGAAAUGCUAAAUUGACAGAUUUUGGCUUUACGAGAGAAUGUAUGACAAAGACAACGUUAGAAACGGUUUGCGGUACUACAGUUUAUAUGGCGCCAGAAUUAAUAGAGAGAAAAACAUAUGAUGGGUUUAAGAUCGAUAUAUGGUCAUUGGGAGUGAUAUUAUACACAUUAAUUACGGGAUCUUUGCCAUUUGAUGAUGAUGAUGAGGCUAAAACCAAAUGGAAAAUCGUCAAUGAAGAACCAAAAUACGAUUCUAAAGUCAUUCCCGAUGAUGCCAAGGAUUUAAUCUCACGAUUAUUGGCUAAAAGUCCAGGAGAGCGUCCAUCGUUGUCACAAGUUUUGCGCCACCCUUUCCUACAGCCUUACGGUUCAGUGGUUUUAGACCAGACUGAGAAAAUUUUGUGCAGACAGCGUAGUGGAGGGACUCAGUUUAAAAGUAAAUUAGAAAGGCGAUUGCUAAAGCGUCUUAAACAAUCAGGCGUUGAUACCCAAGCAAUAAAACAAUCAAUUCUGAAAAGAAAGUGCGAUUCGCUAUCAGGUCUAUGGCUAUUAUUGUUAGCACAAGGGAAAAAACAAGAAAAUUGUAAAUAUCCGAAAAGAAGCAGGUCAGUUUUAUCAGUCAAAAAGGUUAUUGAAAGUGCUACGCAUAACGACACUAAUGGUAUUUGCGGCGACGUUUUGAAACCCUCGAUUGAACUUUCUAGAGCUACUUCAUUGAGUAAAAUGCUUAAUAAAGGCUCGGAUAUCGUAACGUCGAUGACUCCGGUUAGCAGAAAGAAGUCUAAAGAUUCGGUACAAGUUCUAAAUCCCACUCUUUCUAAAUCAUCUUCACAGAGGGUUUAUAGCCACUCUAUUGCAAGUUCUCCUCGAAAGUCCAAUAAUUUUUUACAAAAAGUUUCUAGUUUUUUCAAAUCAAAAAAGAAUUCCAACAGCAAUAGCAAUAACAGUAUUCAUACAGGUAUUAGCGACACCUUAAUUGCAAGCAACAGAGGGGCCCCUUCUUCAGGAUCGUUUCUCAAAAAAAACAGUAAUUCUCUUCAGAAAUCAAGAACAGAUACUAUUGCGAAUUCUUCAAGGACAAACUCUAAAGAAUCGUUAAAAAAGAAUGUUGUUGUUGGCGCCAUUGUACCACGAAACGCUAAUAAUAUUUCAUCAGAGAAUAAUAAAGCUUCUGGGAAUGCGGUGGGAGGCCUAAAAGCAGCUCCGGAGUUGUUGUUAAACGAACACAUUCGAAUAGAGGAACCUCGUCUCAAACGCUUCAAAUCAUCCAUAUCAAGUGAAAUAUCUCAAACUUCUACUGGUAAUUAUGACAGCGAAUCCGCGGAAAAUUCUAGGUCUAUUUCUUUUGAUGGGAAAGUUUCUCCCCCACCGAUACGAACCCGGCCAUUAUCAGAGAUAUCGCAAAUUUCAAAUGACACUUAUAUUUCUGAGUACUCCACUGAUGGUAAUAAUUCGUCAUUCAAAAUUUCUGAUACAGUCAAGCCAAGCUAUAUACGUAAAGGCUCCGAGACUACGUCACAAUAUUCAGCUUCAUCCGAAAAAAUGACGAACGGCUACGGUAGGAAGUUCGUCAGGAGAGAUUUAAGCAUUGUAUCAACAGCAUCGAGCACCUCUGAGAGAAGUUCGAGAACAGAUUCCUUUUACGAUAUCACGACAGCCACGCCGAUUGUAAGCACUGAUAAUAGAGGCAGCAAAAACAGUAACCUGAAGGAGUCCGUUUUGCCUAGAUUUGGGGCCCAAAGGCCUUGGACAGGCAAAAGGACUUAUACCACAUCUCGGCAUGGCAAAAAUGCUCGACGUUCAUCUAAAAGAGGUCUGUUCAAGAUAUCCUCUCCAAAUACCGACUCUAUCAUUCAGGAAGUAAGUUCGUCAGAAGAAGAAGACCAUAAUGUUAUAUACAGUAAGGGAAAGGGUUUGCCAACACCGGUUUUGCAAACCAAAGGAUUAAUAGAGAAUGGGUUGGACGAAAAUGAUGAAGAAGGGGACGACGAGUAUGCGAUUCACACCGACGGAGAAUUUUCAAUCAAACCACAGUUUUCUAAUGACGUUACCGACAAGCAGAACCAUUUGCCAAGUGUGAAGGCAGUGGCGACUAAACGUUCGUUGAGCGAAGGUAGUAAUUGGUCCAGUAGCUACCUGGAUUCGGAUGGUAAUCGACAGCGGAUAUCUUCAUUGCUAGUGGAGGAUGGCGGAAAUCCUACAGCGUACGUACCGGAUAGCAGAAUCGAUGGAAAAGAGACCAAAAGAGUACUGUGA